AUGGGUUGCUGUCAACAUUAGUCUUAUACUCAAUCCUAACAAAAUUUUGAUCUCAAACAAAAAUCUUGUCUAAAUGAGCGUAAGAUUGAACCUCUGCGAAUAUUAGUGAUAGGGGAUUCAGAUAGAAUGGAAAUUAUGGAUGAAGGACUAUAGUUUGAGUAAACUUCCCUAAAAGAAAUUCAGUCUCCUAAUAUUCUCAAAUUCCCAUCUGAAUCUGUGAUCAUAGAUUUAAGGUCUGGGACAUCAUUAGCAAGCCCUAUAAGAAGAAAAUCAAGUAAGAACCUGAAUCAAAAGUUUAUUGAAAUGCUUUGA